CGUCAAUAUGAGGACGCAGCUUCCUAUUCGUGCUUCCUUGGAUCGAUUCGCACGAACGCCGCCCGCGAUACCUGCCUCCGAAGCUGCACCGUUGUAUCAAAUUCGAAGAGAAGUCUUGGAGCGUUCGCAUUUGGAUUAAAAAAUGCCGACGCAGGACAAAGAAGUUCGCAUCGGGUGCUACAGUGCCUUCUGGGGUGACUCGCCCCAGGCCGCCUUCCAGAUGGUACACCAGCCCUCUCCUCCUUUACACUACCUCGUCGCAGACUACCUGGCAGAGGUGACGAUGGGACUGCUGGCGCGUAGAUCACGGAUGGCGAAAGCCGGCAAAGCCAAACCCGGCUACAUCGAGGAGAUCGUACCGCUCGUUAUCGCCCCCUUACUCGCUAGCCUGCAAGCCAACGGGACCAAGCUGAUCAUUAAUGCUGGCGGCCUCGAUCCUGUCGGGCUGAAGAAUACUAUCGAGACAGAAGUCAAGAGGCAAGGUAUGGAUCAAGGUACUGAUGCCCACAAGGUAGCUGCCGUGUGGGGCGACGAUUUGCACGCUGAGUGGGAACAGCUUGUAUCGUCAUCUUCUUUCACACAAUUCUCUCAUUUUAACAUCGAUGCGGGUCCUUCUCUCGAACCCCUCCUGCAUCUCCCGAAACCGGGGGCUGGGAAAGGCAGUGACACACUGCUCUCGCUCAAUGCUUACAUAGGAGCGGCGCCCAUUGCUGCCGCUCUUGACCGAGGUGCAACGAUCAUUAUUACGGGUCGCUGUGCCGACUCGGCGCUGGUGCUUGCGCCGCUCAUGCACGAAUUUGACUGGCCCCACACUGCAAACGAGAUCGGCGGUUGUGGAAACAGUGCGACGCAGGAUCUGCAGCGGUACUACGACCGCCUUGCAACAGCUUCUCUUGCCGGCCACAUCAUUGAAUGCGGUGCGCAAGCUACCGGCGGAAAUUUCACUGAUUGGAAGGAGGGUGCUUUCAGUGGGUGUGGGGGCUGGAGCAACAUGGGUUACGGUAUUGUCACCUUCCCGCGCUCCAAAGAUGGGCUUGUGUUUGACGUCAGCAAGCCACCGGAGACAGGAGGCAUCGUAUCUGUUCUGUCCGUGGGUGAGCAGAUGCUCUACGAGGUCCUCGAUCCAGAAAAUUAUAUCUUGCCGGACGUUACACUGGACUUGAGCCAGGUCGAACUCAAGCAGGUCGAGCGCGAACUUGUCCGCGUCUCAAAAGCACGGGGCAAGCCACCGCCAUCGCAUCUAAAAUGCACUGCAAUCCUAUCGAAAGGCUACAAGAUAUCCGGCGAGCUCUGCAUUGUAGGAGAAGAGGCCAAGUUGAAGGCUGAAAUGCUCGGGCGUGCAAUUCUUACGCGCGCAGGACGCGCGAUGAACAUGCGCGGAUUCGCUGAAUUUGAAAAGACAAGAAUUGAGUGCGUCGGUGCCGAGGCCAUGUUUGGCGCUCAUUCGAGAUUAGAUGGGUCACGAGAAGUGGUUCUUCGCAUCUCAGCAAGCCACAAAGAUCCGAAAGCGCUGAUGUGGAUGGCUCUGGAGCUGGCGCAGGCAGCGACAUCAACGGCGCCGGGUAUCACGGGACUUGGCGCCGGACGAGUGGCCCCUUCGCCGCUGUUCAGCACGCAGUCCGUCCUCAUUCCUCGCGAAGCUGUCGAAUGCAAGACGCUCGUUGCUGCUGAAAGCGCGCAUUCGACCUUCCGGCAUGCAACCCAAGGCUCGCACGCGUACCACCGUGGAGGUUCUGCACAGAAACGGUCGUUUCCACAGAUCAAUCUGCACGCCUCUUCCUCAAUCUUGCCAUUGCCGGACAAUGCGCCACACAUGCUGGCAUACACAGCCGAAGCAAGAGAGAUUCCUUCUCCGCAGAGCGCGUACUCACUCUCGCACCAGCUCGUGCCCCUCAUCCGCAUCGCGGUCGGACGCUCAGGCGACAAGGGCGACUCGGCAAACAUUGCAUUCAUCGCGCGGCGUCCUGAAUUCUACGGCAUUAUCCAGUCGCAAGUAACCUGCGAAACCGUGCGAUCAUACCUGUCUCACCUCCUCACACCUAAUGGGCCGGACGGUCAAGGCGGCAGUGAGAUUGUCAGAUUUCUUGCCCCGGGCGUCAAUGCCGUUAAUUUUGUUGUCUCAAAAUGCCUGGGUGGCGGCGGCCUCUUGGGUCUGCAAUACGACCGUCAAGCCAAGACGUUCGCUCAGGUCGGACUUAGCGCCAUCAAAGUCAGGGUACCUUCGGGUUUGCUCGCUGCUCUUUAGUUCCCUAAAGCCCAUCACAUCUGUAUUCUAAUUGACACAUAAGAUGAGGAGAAGGAGC